AUGGACCACGAGAGCUCGUCGGAGGAGAGGUCGAGGAGGUCGAGGCAGUCGGCGACGGCGGAGGAGAGGCGGAGGUCGCCGCCGCCGAGAAUACCGCCGAUGGGGAACGCCGAGAUGAUGCCCGCCACGCUCCUGAUCGCGUCCAGCUUCUGCAACGUCUCCGCCCACGGCGAGCUCCUCGCGGCCUCCGGCGGCGGCAACGGGACCGCCGGGGCGCAGACGUACCUCGGCCGGCCGUGGAAGCAGUACUCCCGGGUGGUGUUCAUGCAGUCGUACAUCGGCGCCGCGGUGCGCCCCGAGGGGUGGCUUGCGUGGGACGGGGAGUUCGCGCUCGACACGCUCUACUACGGGGAGUACAUGAACACCGGCCCCGGCGCCGGCGUCGGCUCGCGGGUCCGGUGGCCGGGGUUCCACGUCAUGACCAGCCCCGCGGAGGCCGGCAACUUCACCGUCGCGCAGUUCAUCGGGGGCAACAUGUGGCUGCCGCCCACCGGCAUCAAGUACACCGCCGGCCUCACCUCUUGAUGAGUCUGCUCCAGCGGUGCCGGCUCGAUCAGGCCUCCUCCGUUGCCUCUGGGUGUAGAGUUAGUAGUAGUGUUGUCAUCUUAUACUAUAUAUACUAGCAGAAUAGUCCUACAUGAUGACUGUGGUGGGGAAUGUGUGCAAGAAAUGGUGGAUGAAUUUGGGGUUUUGAUUGGGAUUGUUUGAAAUCAGCAGUGCAUCUCUGU